AUUUCAAUCUGCUGUCAACUUGCGCGGCUGUUACGCGUUGCCUGUACGGUUUUGAUUUCGGCGUCUUAUGUAGUACACACAUCGAAUACGAAUGGUUUCGCUCUCGGACAAGGAGCCGAACACCUCGCGAUGAUUGUUCUGAACGUGAGGAAUGAAUCGCGUCGGUGGAUUCGAAGCUGAAAUUAGAGAAUAGUCCUUCAAGUCGUCCUAUCCAGCCGAAACACCCGAACUGUGGCGAGUAUGCGAACGGUGCACAACCGGUCUCGCAGGAGACGAGCCACGGUUGCGAUCGUAUUCGCCGUAGCCUCUGCUCUCGUCGCUAGCGGCUUCCUAUUUGCGGUGUUAACGAAUCCUCUCCACGAAGGCUACGCGAGUCCAUGGCGGGGCACGACGAGCUCAUCGGGCGUCAUCCAAAUCAUCGUCUUCGCGAAAUAUGCGAGUUCGAAGCCGAAGGUUGUCGAUGAUCUCUGCGAAACGCUGAAAAGCAUCUCGAAAAACCUUUCGACGUCUCUUCACGUUCAUGUCUUGGCAGACAAUCGAUCGUUUGGAACGAUAUCGGGAGCAGUCUCGUCAAUAAAUAAGAUGUCGAAUAUGGAUAUCCACUAUACUAUCUACGACUUGCGAGCGAUUGGAGAAAAAGAGGAACCCAUGGUGAAGCUCCUCCGGAAAUACUUCUUCACCAAACCGGUCCGGAAAUAUGACGAUGACAUAUUCUUCCUGACGCCGGGUUUCCAUCGAAUAUUUUCACGCCUCGAUCGAGCGAUUUUUCUCGAUACCGAUCUCCGCUUCCACGAUGACAUUCGGAAGCUCUGGGACAUUUUUCCGGAGUUCACCGAGGAAAACAUCAUCGGCAUCGCCGAUGACCUUCAGCCGAUGUAUCGAGAGAAAUUCGCCGAUUACCGGGAGAAAAAUCCGGAGACCGACGUGGGGAGCCCUCACCCAGGUAAACAGGGCUUCAACACCGGUGUUGUUCUGAUGCAUCUCGGUCGCAUGCGCAACUCCUCGAAGUACAACUGGAAUUUCGAUGAGGAUCAUCUGAGAUCUUUGCAAGAAAAGUACUUUUUCAACGGCGAUCUUGGACAUCAGGACUUCUUCACGCUCCUCGGCAUGGAGUAUCCGGAACUUUUCUACCACCUUCACUGCUCCUGGAACCGUCAAUUGGAAAUGACAUGGGCACUCAGAGUGUCCGAAGAAUUAUUCGAGAAGUAUCACAGAUGUGAUGGAUUAAUCAAAGUCUAUCAUGCGAACGCAGGCUCCAAAUUUCCUGAGGAAGAUUCUCAUGCAAGCUUGCAGGAUAACCGGGAGGGGAAUUAUAGUAGGGCCCGGCGUUUGGCUUAGCUGAGUCACGAAAAGUAUGUGAUACUCGUCCUUUGAGAGAGGUGGUUCUGUCCUCCUUCCGGCGUUGGUGCUUCCACCGCAGACAAAGGAGACUUCCGAUGGCGAUAGAAUGGAGCUCCUGGAGGACUCACGCGAUCAAGCUAAUCGCAUGUCGCGUUCCAGAAAGCUCCAGCCUCCUCAGGGAUAUUCAUUGUCGAUACGACGUACCUAUGUACGAACGAAGCGGUCGAAUCCCAUCAAAAUUUUAUUUUAUUGAGAACAGUGAAUGGAAUAGAUGAACACGUCUAGGCAAUGGAUUUAAAUAUUUAGGAGAUUUUAGGAACGAGUCCUGCCAAGCGAGUUCGGUCUGUCGAACAA